AUGCUGCGGGAACUUUUCACGCAAGUAGAGCUAGAUGAUCAGACACUUUCCCAGCUCAUGCGUCACAUGCGCUCACUUCUCGCUGGUAGGCACACGGACGACGCCAUUUUUCGCGAGAUUUGGUUAGAAAAGUUACCGGUGCCUAUGAAACAGGUUUUGGCUAUGAUGGACUGGAAUACACCUUCCGAAAAGCUAGCUACCCACGCUGACAGAAUUAAACAGUGUUACCCCAUUGAUGCCUCGUGUUCCAAUAUUCAACAGCCACCGCCUUCCAAAGGCAAGCCCCAUCAGGGCAUUGACUUUGCUUCAGAAGGCCCAGCAUUAUCAGAGCACUACAGUCCCUAUACGGAAAAAGCAUCAUGCUGUUGCACAGCCCGACGAGCGCCCACAUCAGCCGGCCCUCCCAGAACACCCACCGACGCUUAUCGCACCGACUACGACGACCUAAGAGACACUGUGCGCCUCCUUUGCACUCAGGUGAGCAACAUGUGCUCUGCUCUUAACAGUCUUCAAUCGGCUAGAAAACAGCCAUACUCACAUCGGCGGUCUAAAUCCCGUGAGCGGCGUUCACAACUAUUAUGUUGGUAUCAUCGCACCUAUGGCCCGAAAGCCCGAAAGUGCAUACCUCCUUGUUCGUUCGCUUGUCCUCCAUAGUUAAACGACCACGCCAGCCAGUAAUGGUUACGACUGCUGCUGGCCCGUCGCGACUCAGUCGCCUUUUCUAUAUCAACGACAAGUCGAGCGGCCUCCGUUUCCUGGUUGAUACCGGUGCCGAGGUCAGUGCCAUCCUGCCUCUAAGGCGUCACCACCUCAAGCCUUCGAAAUUCUCAUUGCAGGCUGCAAAUAGCACCACAAUCAGCACCUACGGCCAACGGUCCCUCACUUUAGAUCUUGGUCUCCGGCGACGUUUUCAAUGGGUCUUUAUUGAGGCUGACGUCAAAUCGACCAUUAUCGGGGCUGACUUUUUGUCAUCUUUCGGCUUAACAGUCGAUGUCAGACACCGUCGCCUCAUAGACACAACCACCCAACUCUUUACCAUAGGUACCAUUAGCUCUGAACGUUCGGUUGGCAUUCAUCUUACCAUCCCCAGCACCCCUUUCGCUGACAUUUUGAAGGACUACCCGUCCAUCACUAAAUCAUGUCAUUUUACCGAAACCGUUCAACACGGAGGGAAACACCACAUUGUCACGGCAGGGCAACCAGUGCACGCUCGUCUGCGUAGACUCCACCCUGUGAAGCUGCGAAUAGCAAAGAACGAAUUUGAACAUAUGAUGAAUCUGGGCAUUAUACGCCCUUCAUCUAGCACAUGGGCCUCACCACUGCACAUGGUGCCAAAGAAGUCAUCUGACGAUUGGAGACCGUGCGGUGAUUAUCGAGCCCUAAACAGGUCCACAAUUCCUGACCGGUACCCCAUUCCCCACAUUCAUGACUCUUCCAACAUGUUAGCCGGUAAAACUAUUUUUUCCAAGAUAGACCUCGUCAGGGCGUACCACCAAAUCCCGGUCGCGGAGGAAGAUAUCCCAAAGACCGCUAUCACGACACCCUUUGGGCUGUUCGAAUUUAUUCACCUGCCCUUUGGUUUGCGCAAUGCUGCCCAGUCGUUUCAGCGCUUUACCGAUGAGAUCUUGCGGGGCCUUCCAUUCGCUUACGUCUACAUCGACGACAUACUCGUCGCAAGCUCCUUGGCAGAUGAACAUGCCUCGCAUUUACGCCUCAUAUUCGAUCGUUUACAGCAACACGGUUUGCAAUUAAACAUCGACAAAUGCGUUUUUGGCGUUCCUUCUCUCGAUUUCCUUGGCCAUCACGUCGAUCAGCACGGAAUCACUCCACUUACAGAGAAGGUACAAGGCAUCUUGUCUUUCCCUGUUCCCAUCACACUCACUCAGCUGCGACGUUUCAUAGGCCUUAUUAACUAUUACAGACGUUUUAUUCCCCAUUGUGCGACAAUCCUGGCUCCCUUGUCUGACCUUUUGAAGUCGAAAGCAAAACCUAUUUAACUUUCACCGGCAGCCCAUACAACUUUUGAGGAAGCGAAGAAGGCUCUUGCCGAUGCCAUCAUGCUGCAUCACCUCAGCUCUAAAGCACAUGCACAGCUCAUUUUGACCACCGACGCUUCCAGCAGUGCUGUCGGCGCAGUCUUGCAUCAACAGGUGAAUAACCAGUUGCAGCCUUUAGCUUUCUUUUCACAGAAGCUACAACCGGCGCAGACUCGCUAUGGCACUUUCUCUCGCGAGCUCCUUGCCAUCUACUUGGCCAUACGUCACUUUCGACACCUUUUAGAGGACAGAGACUUUUCGGUCCAAACCGACCACAAACCUCUCACUUACGCCCUCAAGGCCAAGCCAGAUCGGUACUCGCCCAGGGAAGUUCGUCACCUGGACUAUAUAUCGCAGUUCACUGCAGGUAUCCGCUACGUCCGAGGCAGCGACAAUGUUGUUGCUGAUGCAUUAUCCCGUCCGGACAUCAACACACUCACAUCCGAUUUCGACCUGGCGAAGCUUGCAGACCUCCAAACAGCAGACGAGUCCAUCGCGAACUUACGUACGUCUACUACUCUACAGCUUCGAGAUGCACCACUUCCUGCGUCACCAGGUACGAUUUUGUGCGAUUGGUCCACAGGCACCCCUCGUCCUGCUGUUCCACCAUCCUAUCGUAAGGUUGUCUUUGAUCACUUUCACUCCCUCUCCCACCCUGGCAUUCGCGCCGGACGUAAGUUAAUUGCGGCUCGUUUUGUUUGGCCGAAGAUGAAUUCCGACACUGCUCUUUGGACCAAACAGUGCAUCGACACACCUUCUCCCCUCCAAGUACCUUUGCGGUCCCGGACGUUCGAUUUAAUCACGUUCACUUGGAUUUAAUCGGACCGGUACUCCCUUCACGUGGGUACACACAUAUACUGACGGUAGUUUACCGUUUCACACGAUGGCCGAUUGCUGUUUCUAUCUCGGAUACCUCGGCUGAAAAUAUCGCCAUGGUUUUUCUUACCUACUGGAUCUCAACUUUUGGUGUUCCAGCCACCCUAACCACUGACCGCGGAAGUCAAUUCCAAUUUAGCCUCUUCCGUGAGUUCACUAGACUGCUCGGGUGUGCGCACAUCACAACCACGGCAUACCAUCCUGCCUCCAACGGCCUCGUUGAGCGUCUACACCGUCAACUCAAGUCUGCACUGAUGUCCCAAACAGAGUCAGCUACUUGGAAUGUCAAUCUCCCUCUUGUGCUUUUGGGCAUCCGACCUUCUGUCAAGGAGGACAUCCAAUGCACUGCCGCCCAACUUGUGUACGGUACACGCCUCCGUCUGCCCGGCGAAUUUGUGCAGCCUUCCACGACAAACACUAACAUCCCGAGCACCUUCGUACAGCAGUUGAAACAACGCAUGGCUCAACUGCGUCCAACCCCCACUCGUCUGACCUCGAAACAUGUGUUUGUACACGAGGACCUUAAAUCUGUCCCCUUUGUUUUCGUCCGGCAUGACGCAGUGCGCAAGCCCCUUUGUCCUCCCUACGAUGACCCAUAUAAGGUCGUUCAGCGAAAAGACACGUUUUACGUCCUUCAGAAGGCUGAUAAGACUGACACGGUCUCAAUUGACCGCCUUAAGCCAGCCUAUCUGGAGUGCCUCCCGUCGACCAGUGCGCCAUCCAUUCCCCCUACUAUGUCCUCACCCGAUACACCCACUCCGAUCACCUACCCUCCAUCACGACACUUGACCAUUCUACCCACACAACCGGAUCCUCCUCCUACACCACCGCCCAUUUCAUCUCGUUCCGGUAGACAUAUCCGUUUUCCCGCCAAACUUAAAGACUUUGUAGUGUAUUUUUUUCCCUUUUCCGUUUUAUUUUAUUGAGCGUUUUGUUUCUUUGGCAAAUGAUCUGGUGGGGGAGUUGUGUAGGCUUUUGUAAAUUUUCGAUUUGUUUCACUACACUUUCUUGUACACCUGACUUUCCUGUACAAUUGUUUGACUAAACGGAGAUACAGCUUAACAAAUCUGCGGCGGUCAACGUGCGUACUGGUUUCGAGUGUGCUUGAUGUCAUUAUUUCUUGGCCUUCGUCUUGUAACCUCUCAAUAUUCUUCGCAAUUCGUAUGAGCUGACGGAGACUCCCUCCUCACAAGCCUACUUCACCAUAUCAUCGCGGAACCGACUGCCUCUAUUCAACCGGUUCCUCAUCGGAAUACUAUCACGCUACUUGAGAGGAUUCCACUUUGCGCGAGUCUGGAACAUUCCUUUUCUGAUUCUUCGAAUCUGUACAUUCUUUUUUUGUUGGUAAACACAAUACCCCCAUUUGGUGUUAUUUUUUCCUGUAUAUAUUAAUGUUUGUAGUUUUUAAGUCCACGUUUCCACUACAGCGUCCACUACCACCAAAACUAUAUGGCCUUGGAAUGACCCAAAAUAAUCGACGUGUAUACUCUUCCACGGCGAGCCGGGCCAGGCCCAGGGCUUCAGAGGAUCCUUUGGUAAGGUCUUCUGUGUUAUUUGGCACACGUAACAUGCUUUCACCACGUUUUCUAUAUCUACGUCAAUUUUGGGCCACCAAACAUAGCUGCGGGCGAGAGCUCUCAUUCUAACUGUACCAGGAUGAGCAUUAUGCUGGUCUCUGAGGAUGGCCCAUCGGCACUGCGGUGGCACAACUAUACGAUUGCCCAAUUGCAUGCAUCCGUCUUGUAGACUUAACUCGUUCUGACGUCUGAAGAAUGUUUGAAAAUCUGAGGAGGUAGAGGACGGCCAGUCAGAUUGUAAGGCUCUUUUUACCCGACUUAGGAGAGGAUCUCUCGAUGUCCACUGUCGAACAUGUUGACAAGUUACAGGUGCUGUGGAAUUCUUUGCUGGCAAAGUGACGCGUAUAAGCCAAAACAGAUUUCGGUGUUUAUACGGUACUAUUGAUAGAAUAAAGUAAUGAUGAAAAAACGUGCAAACCUCAACAAUGGGUACCCUGGACAAAGAAUUCCUUUGUUAUUGUUCGAGCAGAUCGAAUUCCCAGCUCAAGGUCAGAAUACAAAACUAGUUAAUUAAAAUAACGCCGAUCGCGCUCAAAAAAGGUUACAAAAGGGGAAGGGGAAUGUCAACAGGGGCCAAAUGUGGAAGCACUUGAGAGGAGGGCGUGGAGAAUUCCAAGCGUUGGCCAGCUGGAUACAACACCGCCCGCCAAUUCUCCAUGUCCGGCUCUUGUAAAUGCUCUACGUGUUUGGAGGUAUACGGCUGCUCUGACCCUCAAGUAGACAAAUCUUUCUAACGUCCCUUUUUAAGAGACCGCCCGCCGUUCAAAUAAAUACCAUCCUAACGAGGCCGUCGCGACUCCUUUCGCACCUAUCUAUUACUCCCAAAGGCCAAUUCUCACGAGGUGUGCGCUCCCUAGAAACUAAAACAACAUCACCUGGUUUCAGUUCCGCGGCUUCUCUUGUCCAUUUUGUUCUUUUCUGCAGACUUGGAAGAUAUUCUUUUACCCAUCGUCUCCAGAACACGCCAGCGAGGUAGUGCACUUGUUUCCAUCCAGCGUGGUACCGUGUUACCAAUUCGUCACCGCUAG